CUCUAAUGAAUUUCUCACGUGUGCCUUUGCUUAGCUCCAUGGUGGAGUUUUUGUGUUUAUGUAUUUAAUUUCUGAAUUGUGAUUUUUAAUGCUGUUUCUUAACCCAGUUUUUUAAAAUCCAGCUCUGACAGCUUUUCUGUUUUAAUCCUUGUGAAUGCCAUUUUUCCUGAUUUCUACUGAGUAUUAAUUUGACUGUAAACUGCCUGAGACAUUUCCCUUGUUUGAGUUUCAUGACAAAGAAAUUAUAUUUACUGUUGUUAAACACCCUUAGAAAUUGUUAUCAGAAGUUAUAUAGAUAAUUUUAAAUGUGAUUCAUUAAGACAUUUGUAUACUUUUUGUUGUAGCAGUUUUCCAAGAAUUAAAUACAGCUAAAAUUCAGUUUUGUGCAUGAACUUUUGCACCUAGUUCUAACUCUGCAGCAUCAGUUGUGACACUCAUGGCAUUGUGCUUUUGUAAAAUCUCAUACACUCUAAAAAGAAACUGGAAACUUGACACUAUUGUCAAAAAUUUUGUUUCACACUGAUUUUAAUGACGUCACUUAAUCCUUUUUCCUUUUCAGAGUUUUUAAAGUAAUUAUUCAAGCCUUUAUUGUGUUAUGUGUGAAGAUUAGUAUUUACAACAUCAGUACACUAUGUGAUGAUGAGAAUGGCUGUGUAUUUAAAUCAGGUUGGAUUUCAUGCAUAAGAUCAGGGGUGUGCUGAGUACAUAAACGUGAGGUGUGAAUGCACUAACGCACGCCCUUUAUCACGGCCAUUUCAUAGUAAAACAAACACUCGGGCUUAGGUCAGUUUGACUCACCACUAUGACACAACACAGGCAUCAGAACAUUUCACAAUAAUCCCUUCAAGUCAUGUUAAGGAUGGAAAAAAGAAUUGUUUCAUUUUACUGUCAGUCAUGAACCUUGGACGAUACUUUAGAGUGACUAUAUGACCUAAAGUUGUGGACUUUUGGUUGGGUGAUAAAAUAAAAAUAAAUUAAUAUUAAGUUUUCACAGGUGUCUUAUAAAUGAAGACCACAUAAAAUAUCGGUAUUGGGAUAUUAUUGAACUUCAAAGGAAAACUCCAGCCUGAAACAUAUGAAACAUGCUUAUAUUGAAAUAUAAUGUAAUUAGCAUUUAUUAAUUUGUUGUUUGAUAUAUUUUCAUUUUUCCCUUCAAAGGUUUGUGUGUCAUGCAAACAUCACGUAGUAUCAUUUCUAAUACAGUUACAGUGGUGUUUAAUAACAGAAAAAUAUAAAACCAUCACAAACCAUGGAAUAAACUCCUAAGUGUCCUAUUAAUGGGAAAUCAAACAGUGUAGUAGUGAAGUAGUGAAGACAACAAAAACUGAGCUUCAGAUUGUAAUGAAUUGUGCAGGAAAGUUAAAGGUUUGGAACUCGUAGUGUUUGAGGCCUAGCAUACAAAAAUGAUGUCGAUGAAGGUAAUUUAAACCGCGUAAAAGUAAACUCAGAAUUUCAAUGCAACAUACAGCACUAUUUGAAUUAUAAAUUAUUAUAAGUAUUAUAAAAAUUAUAAUUAUAAUAUAUUGACGUUAUAUAUUUUUAUCACAGUAAGGCCCUGUACUGGAUACAUGCCCAUAUUGUGUCAUAGUGUUGAGUUACACAGCCUUGCCCAGUGUUUGUUUUAGUAUGAGAUGGCUAUGAUAAUGGACGUGUGUUAGAGCAUUCAUGCGUUGCUCCUGUGUGUAGCACAGAAACGUGACCUCAUGCAUGCAUCUACCCUGGUCACCAUCAAGAACGCACAAAGCACUAUUCAGGCACUAAUGCAGCUCCAUUUAUGUACAUGCGUGGUAGGAGAAUUAAUGAUCGUAGCCUCGGCCUUUCCCAGAUCCGCCUGAAGCUAAGCAUGUGAUACGUUGCACAACACGGCUCACCUGGUAUUCCAUUGAUUUUAUUUAGUAUUUCGCAAGAGAAUGCCAGCAUUGCUGUUCAUAAAUGGGUUAGUUUUUUAUAUAUACAGACUAGUUAUUGUGUUUUAAAGCACUUAUGUCAUGGCGCCUUAGCUGACUGAGAUGUUUGGUAUUCCUACAGGCAUAAAUGAAGCUGUGUAUGGGAUCUUUUGUUUGACAGAAUUCAUUCAUUUAGUAAGGGUGACCGGAUUUGUGUAAUUAGAAGAACAAUUAAAAGGUUGUAUUGGUUAAAAAAAUAGUCAUCUGAAACACUGACCUUGAUGUUGGUAAUAAAAUAUUUAUAUUAAUAUUGGUUAAUUUAUUUAUCUACAUAAACCCAAUCUGUAGAACAGAGGUUUUUCCGUCAGAUUUAGUUUAUUUUUUUUAUCUGAUUUUCUUGGUUCAUUUUUGUACAUUUUUGUGUGUUGUGCAAGUUUUUUACAGUCUUAUGAAGAAUUGUGAUCCUUCAUAAAAAUUAAGUAGUAGUAGUAGUAGUAGCAGUAGUAGUAGUAGAAGAAGAAGAAGAAGAAGAAGAGACCACCACACAUUCUUUCCCAGACUGUAGGAUUUCAGUCUGUAAAGCUGAUUAAGACUGAUUAAGGGUGCUGCUCUGUAAUUAAAGGAAAACUCUAGCUGCUAGGGCAUUGAAGGGGGGAGGAGAGAGACUUCAGAGGCCAUUCCUACUGGUGAAGUGGGUGGUGAAAAAUGACCACACUUCAAACACGCAUUCCUCAGUUUGAUAGCCCUGAAUCAAAUGGUUUCUUGGUUUUCAUGGCGCACGGAGGCUGACGGAUUAUGAAUUUUCCAAAUCUGAGAUAAUGUGACAUAUCUCUUCGGUUUUGUUUUUUCCCCGCAAAGUAUGGCUUCAGCCCAACCAUACUGGGACCAGUAUAAUGAUGUGAACAGUAUGUACUUUUCUUUUGGAGCUGACUACACAGUGAAAAGACAUCAGCAAGACUUGACCUCUGUGGGCUUUGAAAGGAAAAUGUUUGGCUCAAGUUUCUCCCAAAGUUCUAGCCACCACUGUCAGCCUUUAAAGCCUGUUGAUCCUGCACAGCUCCUCCUAUCCUCCCUACACACAUCGCCUGAAGGAGACCAGGUCGUUCCGUCCUUCCAGAAACUCUCCGUCUAUGAACAGGCGCCCCCGUAUUCUCCCAGAAGAAGCUCUAAACCUCUUCCUCCUCUCCCGGACAUGGGGGAUUUGUCUCCUGAUGAAGCUGCAGACAGCGAAGUGGAGUUCUUCUCUAGCACCAGCGAGAGUCAGCUACUGAUACCAGAAUGUGCCUCUAAACCAUCAGCCUUUCAAUACAGAGCGCAGAACAGGCGGAGUUUCCGCGGUUGCUGGCAGAUCAACUAUGCGUACUGUGAUGCUAUGCAGGAGAAUAUGAUUGGACAGAAGUGUGAGAGGGAACAAGUUGUACUGAGAGACAGGGACAGCCUCAAACAAGAAAAGCCCCAACGCAGGCUGCGCCGCUCCAACUCAGGACCCGCGGCAUCUUUUAAACCUACUAACCUCCGAAAUAUCCACACACAGGAGAAGCCAGAAGUUCCUCCUCGUGCUCCCAUUCCAUCACGUCCUCAAAAGAGUGCCGACUAUCAAGGUGUUGAAGAGCCUCCUGAAAUCCCACCCAGGCGGCCAAUAUACUACAUGGCCCCACGCACUCCUAGUCCUAAAAGCCUUCCCAUUUACGUCAAUGGAGUGAUGCCUCCUACACAAAGCUUCGCCCCAAAUCCCAAGUACGUGAGUAAAACCCAGGGCAAGGCAAAGUAUGAAGGAUUGCCUGCUUCUCAUACACCAUGUAUUCUGCCCAUCAUGGAAGACGGAAAGAAGGCCAGUGCUACACAUUACUUUCUUCUUCCAGAGCGGCCAGGAUACUUGGACAGAUUUGAAAGAUUUUUCAAGGGGUCUGAUUCCGAAUCUGUGCAAAGUGGAUGUUAAUUAUAAGCAGGGUUUUUAGGCUAACUACAAACGUACUUACUUACAGUAUUCAGGUGCUUAAAGAGUUUUCUCUUUGCUGCGUGGUGCCACCUCAACUUGAACCCAGAGUACUGAAAAGAGGCCAGGUCAUAAAUGCUGGACAUCGUGAAGCCGUGUUUUUUUUUCUUUUUUUUUUUUUUUUUGUAGGAUCAUUCAUUGUUAUUAUCAUUUACAUGUUUUAUUUCUCCUGCUUCGAGUAUUCCUUUUUAAAAACAUCUUAUCUUUGUACUUUUAUGGUUUACAUGUAACACUGGUUAGUAUAAGCUGGUCUUAUACUGUAUGUUGGGGAACUGUAUGUGUGUGCAGAUUCCAGCACAUUCUGGUGAUAUUUCUUUUUUUUUUUUUUUUUUCUUUCUCUUCAGUCAAAAGCAUAAUUUAUCAGUUUAAAAACUAGCUUCAGUAGUUGUGAAUAGCAGAAAAAUCCAAACUGCAUUGACAGCCCUGAUCAUAUCCCUGUCAUGUUAUGUCAUCCAUGAGCUGAAAGCAUUUUAAGUGCCAUUUUUAUUCAUUUGCACUGCAUGUGCACAUCCCCAGUUGUUUGUGUUGCUGAUUGAUCAUCUAGUAUUUGCACUCAUAAUGCUAGCUAAUGUUUCUAUUCCACAAUAUGUUAAGUGGGACCUUAUUUUUUUACAUUUAAAAUUGUUUUAGGGAACAUCAAACCAGUUUAUUAAUGAAAUGUCUCAUGUAUUACUAAACAGAAUGCCUCUAAAAUAUCGAGCUAAUUUUUCGAUUGAUGUCCUUUUUAACCAAAAGCAUAACUAUAAUAGUUGCUUACUAUUACAUUUAGAUUAUGUUAAAAGAAACAAUUAAAAAUAUCUGAAUCAUUACUUUUCUUUGUUUUUGCAGUUAAGCAAUGAUGGUUAAACUGUUAAAGUGUGUCGGCUUCAACCUGCCUGUUUGAGCCAAAUGAGAAUAGGUCAAUGUUGUGUAUUACUCUGACACAUCCUGUACUUUAACAUGUUCAUGUCAUGUAUUUUUCUACCCAUCUGCUGUUGCUGUUUUUCUUGGCUCAUUCUCCUAUGAUUUAAGUCAGUCAUGUGCCAACACAUCUGUUUACAUGAAUUUUUUUUUUUUAAUCUGUCUGUUUUUACCAUGUUCCUCAUAACAAAAGGUGAAAAUGUAUUUAUCCUUGGCUUAUUUAUUCACAUAUGAAGGCUCGUGAUCAUUAACUGUUAUUGCACUGCAUUGCACUUGUCUUUACAUGCAGUAUUUGUAGUUUUUCACAUAACACCUAUGAUCUAUUUAAAGAAAUAAAGUGACUUAUUUAUCAGUAAA